GUAAUCCUCCGUACAAUUUGCCCAGAUUACGGUUGGCGUCAACUUCCUUUCCAAGGUUUCAGGUCCCGCUUGCUUCGGAUCACUGGGAUUGUAGGAGAUGAUGUCCAUCGGUAGGUCGUCGACGAGCUGCGACAAGAAGGAGAAGGAUGUUGAGAGGGAAGGAGGGGGAUUGGUGGGGGAAGACUGUGCAAAGGAGGCGAGCGGUGAAGUGAUGGCAAAAGAAACCGCUGGCGAAGACGCGAUAGUUCAGGUGGAAUUCGAGGUGGGGGAGAGGUCGGAAGGGGAGGAAGUCAAGGGGGCGGCGGCAGACGGGACGAGGACGCAGCGACGUGUGGACAGGAGGAUGGGGGACCGCAAUGGCCACCGUGUACAUUGCCGAGCUGGCAAAUGCUUCCACCACGUGAUCCUGACAAGAAAGAUCGGUUUGGGGGUGCUGAUUAAGAUGGUGAUGGCGAUGCUGAUUAUAAUGGGGGACGUGGGGAGUGGCAGUGGCUCGCCCGGCAACAACCGGCGGCUUGAUGCUGGCUCCCGCGUUCUCUCCACAUCGACAAGCAUGUCCAGGGGGGCUGUUCCCACCGAAAAGGGGGAGGGGACUUGGGAGUCGUCGAGGGAUCGAAUCCUGCAAGGUCUGAACGUGCCGCCAGUGACCAUCCUGAACCAAUCGCUGAUAAUCAAUACACCACGCACUUUGCUCGUGAAACGGCCCACGCCGUUUUUCCCUAGAACAAACCGGAGUGCCUUGCUCGAGUGUUACCUAGUUGUAGAAAGUUUGGUGCCUUUGUCGAAUGGCACAGUGGUGUACUACAUUGCCGACGAACGUUGUGCAUUUAACUCCUCAACGGUGUACUCUCAUUGGCUGAUGUCCUUGCGAAAGGCAGACCUGACCCCGGCGAUGCAGGAGGGAUCGUCGAAUCCAGUGCAAGACGAUUCCCUCAUCACCUAUUGGUGGCCGUUUGCUGAUGGCGAGGGGACAAAUGCAUCUUCCCGGCCAAUGAUUUUUGACGAAAACUCAACGAUGCUUCCAAUGGCACUCAUGGAUGGGAUGGACAUUACGGCUGACGGUUCGCACAUGGUGUUGAGCACGAGCGAGCUCUUUGCCCACGAAAACAUCAGUGAAUCGUUCGGAUCUGCCGUAAAUUUGGUGUCUCUAAUCGACGGCCAGCGAUCUUCCAUCCUCCUGCCGGGCGUCAACGUGAGCGGCGUGGCAUUUGAGCCGACGAAAACGCGUCUGUAUGCAAUGGACUUUGAGAAGCCACAGCUGCUAUCUGCCGCGGCAGCGGACGUGACGGUUCCUGGCGCCUCUUCGACGAUCUUCAAAACCGUGACCACCUUGCCCCCUGGAAAUGCAAGCUCUGCUGCUUAUGCUCCCGUGGCAGAACCAUACAUCCGUCCCCAGGGUUUUUUAUCCGACAGCAGUUGCGUUUACUCCGUUGAUAGGAACAACACCAACGUGUGGGCCAUAGACAUCGCCAAAUCGGAGGCUUCCCUGGUGGCUGCCAGUGCGGACUUCGCAACGAAUGAUGACCUUAAUGGCCGUUUGCGAGAGCUCGUAGUCGUAGGGGAUGGAUGCAAUCUGUUCGUGAGUGACAUCAACGGGUUCGUGUGGUGGAUAAAAUCAGACGCGCCGUGCGGGAGGGCGCGAAGUGUGGAGAUCGUGGCACGAACCACCAGCGUGGGGCUCUGGGGUAUGGCCAUGAACGAUGACGGGACUCGGUUGAGUUUGUACGUUGGAUCAAGCAAGGGGCAUCUGAUCGAGCUGCAAAUCAACAGGUCAUUGCUGCACCGAUGCUCACUGCCGUCUCCACCGGCCAGCAUUUCUCCCCCCCCCUCCCCCUCCCCCUCCCCCGCCCUCUUGCCAUCGGCAACCCCCGCAGCUCCCUCCUCCACGUCCGAACGUCAGAAUUUUGUCCUGUUUAUCGCUUUGCCCGUGGCCGCUGUUUCCUUCACCGCACUUGUUGCUCUCCUCCUUUGCCUUGUCUAUCGCAAAAGCCGGCAGAAGCAGAGUCCCCAGAGGGAGGAGGGGGGGGGGGAGCAGGAAACCCCCCAAGGCAGCUGGCAGGGGACCGCAGGUAGCAACCGUGGGACCAAAAGCGGCGUGCAAGUGGGCCCAGGUGCUACCAAGUUGUCCCGUAUGCCUCGCACUGGGGCUUCUUCUUCUCAGGAGCAACCACUCGACGACGACCGAUUCAGCGUGCCUAGCCGCUGGCGCAGUGGAGGGUCUUCACAGGAGCAGCAGGGAGUACUCGACGAAAAACGGCUUUCCACUCACCCUGGCGGCGGCCCCAUGCCAGAAAUUCACCCCUUCCAUGUCAGAAAGUUCGAUCUCAGAACCUUGUCCUACAUCACCAAUGGGUUCAGCGACGAGUACCGAAUGGGAGAGAAGGGAAUGUUUGGGAACGUCUACUGGGGGGCUCUGGAGGACCAGCAGGUGGCUGUAAAGGUGAUGACGGGGGAGCUGACGGCCUCCAAGCGGAAACAAUUCACAGCGGAGGUAAACACGCUGAGCAGGCUUCACCACUCCAACCUCGUUCGUCUCGUAGGUUAUUGUCAGGAAGACAGUAAGUCCAUUCUUGUGUACCCUUACUGCUCCGGGGGGAGUCUCUAUGCCCGCUUGCAUGACAGAGGGGGGAUUCGAACUGCGGCAGCCGCGUUAAGAAGCCCUCCUCCUCUCACCCUCGUGGAGCGUAUGUCCAUAGCCUUCCAGAUCGCCAAGGGACUGCGCUAUCUGCAUGCGGAGGUGGAGCCGCCGGUCAUCCACAGAGAUGUCAAGAGCAGCAACGUUCUGCUCGGAUCGGGAUCGGGAGAGAACAUCCGGACUGUCUUGGCCGAUUUCGGCCUGGCGUUGAUGUGCGAGAGGCUGUUCGACACCCAGUACUCGUCCAUCGUGCUGACGAACCACGUGUCCGGCACGCAGGGCUACAUGUCGCCGGAGUACAUGAUGAGGGGAAAGCUGACGGAGAAGAAUGACGUGUAUGCCUUUGGCGUGAUCCUGCUGGAGCUGCUGACGGGGCGAAAGGCGAUGAUGCGGCCGAAGGGCUUAGAGAAGGGUUCAGGGUCGGGAUGGCAGACACUCGUGGAGUGGGUCAGGCUGCAGAGCAACCAAAAGGGUAGUUUUGGACCGGGGGGGGUACCUGUCCAGAUUCUCGACAGCUGUCUCACGAGCCAGGUGAUGACGGACCCUGCUAUGGUGCAAAUGGUAGCGAGUGUGCUCUCUCUGGCUUGGGAGUGCGUAGACGACGACGACAGCUCAAGGCCCACCAUGAGCGAGGGGACAAAAACGAUGCGAGCAAUCUUGUCAAACGCCAAGAUUACAGGUCCAGGAGACGAGAGAAGACUGCGGAGAGAGGCUAGAGAGAGAACAACGGCAAGAAGAGCAAGGGUGGCUGAGGCCAGUGCCAGGUUUAGGAUUACAGCUAGCACCGGUACGACCAUGGCUACUUCCUCUACCAUGUCGCAGGCCUCUUCACAGUCCACUUCGUCAGGAGUCAGUCAGAGUGGUUCUCAGGCUUCCAUUAGCCAGAGUGUUGGUUUGCAAGUCAGCCACCAGGCUCAAUUCACACCGGAGGAUUAUGAGAUUCUCCAAGCAGAAGAACUUCAGGAUGAGUUGCAGCGGCAGUUCGAUGAAGCAGCAGAGAGAAGAAGAAGAGCAAUUAUGAGAAAAGCUAGACUAGGUCGGGUGGUAAUUGCGGUCACAUACAUUUAGAAAUGUGCUAGUAGUUAUGAAUGCACGAAAAACACGAGGGCGCAGCUUCCACACGA